AUGACCAUUGCCUCGUUGCGGACGCUGGUCGCCCAGGUUCCCAGCUGGCAGAGCCGACUCGACCAACUGGUGGCCGACAUCCAUACGCGACAAGGCGAAUUGUCCAAGAUCGAAAAUGGCACCACGCACGAGCCUACCGCGCCAAACCCGGAACCCGAUGCCAAGGACGCGGCCACGAACUCAACUCCUGAACUACAUCCGCCUGCCGACAACAUGAACAUUGACUCGGCUCCUUCAGUCGUCAGCCACCAUCAAAUAACGCCCUCCAUCAGCAAUGGACCGGUAGCCAAGAAGAGAAAGCUCGAGCGCGUCUAUUUUGACGGCAACAUGCAAAAGUUCUUUGAGGAGCUGGUCCACUUCAUCGCUGUGAGCAGGAACAUGAUGCGCAAGGCCAAGAUGGCGGCCCGCGUCGCUCAGAUCAAGAAAAUGGCAGAAGUGGAAGUUGGUGAUGAUUUCGGCAAUGGCAUAUCUGAACGACCUACCUUGCGCUACAUCAGUGCCCGAAGGCUAGAUACGCUUGGCACUGCAACCCCCAAUGGUGGGCGGGCGGCACGCGAGCCCGACGUCUUUGACGCUCUCGACAAGAAUCUCGAUACCCUUCAGUCCACCAGCGAGUUGGCCGCCUUUCAGUUUUUGCGGGAAGCCUCCAACAGCAAACACAUCAAGACCAUUAGCAAGAUUCUCAGCAAUGUCCUGGAGACGGCCACCAACGAACUGGCCCGUCUCGCGCGCGACGAGCCCGACGUGGUCCGCGAGGCCGACGCCGCCGCCGCUCGCACCAAGCGACCACUGAGCGUGCGUAAGGAGCUCCCCGCCGGGGCACAGCCUGCCGACACGCCGAAUAAGCGACAGAACACGGGUCAUCUCACCCCAUCGACGAGCUUGCCUUCGAUAGGACACAUGGAAGUUGACCUCGCCGCUCUGCAAAGCGACGAGGCCAUGGCACCCCAAGUCGUUCACCUGCCCACAAACGUGCGCGCCUAG